UUAGCCUUACAUACAUUUGAUAACUUUUCUAUCAUGAACAAACGAGUCAAAACUACUGCCAGUACGGGUAGGGGUUGUUUGUAAAAGUAACGUUAGGUAGCUGUUUUUUCGUUUGUUUUUUACAGUUUAUGCUAUUAACCCUGGCUAACGUUAGUUGGAGUAGCUCAAAUUCUUACUAGUAACCUACUAGUAUAGCUAACUACAUUCAUUUCAUGUUCAUAUCAUGUUGGCUUUCUUUCUAAAUCUAGCUAGCUAGUUAGCUAUUGCUGCUAAAUAUAGUAAAGCCAAAGAUUAUAACUCUCAUCUGUGGUAUAGCCUUGAUAUUGUAGUCGAAUAUGAUUUUUUUUUUUUAUGCAACUACAGCCUAACAUUUUUUUGUUCUCUUCUUUCCAUAGGCCCCCCACUUCCUCUCUCGUCUUUGCGACUCUUGGUUUCUCCCCUGCGACUGAUGUAUUCAUUUGUGUGGCAUGUGGUGAAUCAACGAAAUGUGAUGCACUAUGGGAAGGUCGAGGAGUUUGUAACUGUGGUGACUGAAGCAGUUCCAAAGUUGCUGAGUUACAAACAGAGGGCUGAACUCAUCCUGGGCCUGAGAGCCAGGGUGAGUGACAUGUUGUGUGGUCAUGGGAGGGGUAGUUGAUUAUGCUUUGAUUGACACGUUUGUGUCAAUGCCAGUAGAAACUAGAUGUGUGUAAGGUAGGCGGGGAAGUUUCAAGUUUACUCAAUAUCUCCAUGAUUCCCCUUAUUUAGAUGAUCUUGGAGAUGUUCCGCAAGGAUUGUCCACCUAACCCUCAGGCCAUCCAACGUCUCCUGGGAAAGAUGAACAUCAGUGCGUCCACAGGGGUAAGAAUAUUUUUCUCUCUCCUGCAUACAUUCAAAGGGUGUAACAGCUACUCAUUUUAAUUGCUUAAUUCAGAUAACCAGAUAAGUUAUACUUGUAUCAAAUUAUUCACAUUCUGUGUUACAGCAGCAAGAUGCGGAAGUGGAGGAGUCGCAGGCUAACUUUGUGGCACUGGUCCAAACCCUUCUAAAAAAUCCUUAUGAGAGGAAGCACUUCUUCCAGGUUUGACAUACUUCCUCUCUCUCCCUUUCGUCUGACUUGCUUUAAGUGGCUCGUCAUUCAGGUAUCUUUCCUCUCAUAGACACUGUCACUCUUUCCUUCCCUGUAGGAGGAGUUCCAUACACAGUAUGGUUCCAAGUAUGACACAGCACUGCAGGCCCUUGUGGGAGGCUUGGUCUUCAGACUGGAACAACUGCUAUCUGUGCCAGAUCUCUCCCAGGUAAUAAACGUGUACAUGACAAGUCUAUAACUAGCAGUUCACUGAUCAUACCUAAUUUUGUCAUUAUUAGAUAACAAUUUAUGUCAACACAUGCCAUAUUAUUGUCUUUACACGCUAAGCCACCUCCCUUUUGCUGAUCUUAGGUUCUUCCUCUCAUUUUCAGAUAGCAUCUAUGAUCAGUGCUGCCCCCUCUGACCUGGAGGAGUGUGGGCAGUCUGUGUCUGACCCUGAGCAGCUGAAGAUCCUCCUCCAGCACCAGAACCAGCUAAAUAAAACCCAGUUCAACAAAAAUGGUAGGCUUGAAAACUUGUAGUCUCUACUUAAAUCAUUAUCUGUUAUCCUCCCUGUGUAUUUACAGUAGAUUUAUAAACAGCUAAACAAAGAACAUUACAAGUUUUAUUUUUGACAUCUAUAAUUAAAGGUACAAUGUGUAGAAAUCGCUCAGCCAUUACCUGGUUGGUAAAACGCCUAGUUUCAGUUAGUGACAAAACAUGCAAUUUAGAGAAUUGCUGUACAAUAUAAACCGCUAUGAAAUAUAUUUUCAAUAAUCAUAAAUAUCAUAUUUUUAGCUGUAUGAAUUUAGUUUACAAAACCUUAAAUAAAAAUAUGCAAAAGCUAAACAUAAGGACAGAAGGCAUAGAAAUAGCAUGCUUAGAACCAAUAUACCACUUUUCAGACUUGCUUACAACGCGACAGACAGAUCUAUAACUCAUAUUUCUAUGUAACUUUGGUCGGGUCGCGCACAAAGCUGCAUACAGGACCUUUCAGUUCAUUACGAACCAUUUAAUGCUUUAAAAAAAAAUAGGAAUGUAAAUAAAAAGCCUAGUCCUUUUUAAUUCGCAGAAUAUACUUAAAUGUAAUGUACUUAAAUAUUUUUAUAUAUAUUUUUUUUUUUCAGUACCUCUCACUUCCUCUGUGGGUGACUGUGUGCUGUCUUCGCUGUCCUUCCGCCUCGCCUGUGGAAUGCCAUCAAUGGAGCCAGAUUUUGACGAGCCAUCAGAAUCAUUAGAAGCCACUCUAAGCGUCAUGAACCCUGCCUCCUUCAGUGACUUGGAGGAUCUGGGAUUGAUGUCAGAUGACUCACCCCAUGCUGGAGAAGAUAGUACUGUGGAGAGAGAAGAGGAUGCCAGGGGUAACGGAGGUGGGGCGAGAACUGCAGUGCGUGACAGUGAAGAAGAGAAUGCACUGCCAGAGAGCGCUGUGGUCUUCUCUAGUCCUCAAGGUGUUAGCGGACUGGUGGGAGGGACACCAUCAAAAGGUGCACCAACAGUAAGAAGUAUGCUGCAAACAGAGGGACACCAACAGCUUGUAUCACGGAUGAUGAGUAGUUCCUUCACCAAAGCCUCUCCUUCACAGAUAGUCAAAUUAGUCAUCCCUGCCACGGUCACCAAUGGGAACCAACCGGUUAACCCACCGGUUGAAGUAGCGAGUGUCCACCAGUGGGUCUCCCAUAUUGUAAGUAACUCUAUCUCACUCCCUUCCUUGCCACCCCUUCCACAAAACAAUGAUGUAGACAAGGAGAUCUGGUCAGGUGACACAUGUCUUGGAAGCAGUGUGGUAAUUGGGGGUCAGGAAACAGAAGCCAAUCUCUUUGAGAAGGCUGUUAUCCGAAGGAGACGGGCACCCAAGCCACAAAGAAUAACGGUACCCUCGAAAAGGAAAAUCCCUGAGGCAACCAUCGUUUGCCAGGAGUGUGGGAAGAGUUUUGUCUAUCUGUCUCAGCUUGAAAAUCACCUCCGCAUUCACACAGGAGAGAAACCUUUCAAGUGCACUGAGUGUGGCAGGGCCUUCAGGUCCUUAGGAUACAUGACCACUCAUAUGAAAAAUCACUCUGAAGCACGGCCAUUUAAGUGUGAAGAGUGUGACAAGGGCUUUCGGAAAAAGGCUGACCUGAAGAAGCAUCAGCUCAUCCACACGGGUGCGAAACCACACAAAUGCACCAUCUGCGGAAAGGGCUUCAGCCAAGCAUUCUAUUGCAGAAUACACAUUGAGUCUCAUGCAAGUGAAAAUAACUUUCCCUGCACUCAUUGUCAGAAGAGAUUCCCAACCCAAUACAAGCUGUCGGUCCACGAGCGCUGGCACACCAUGGAGCGCCCGUUCAUCUGUGAGCAGUGUGGGAUGCGCUUCUUUCAUCCCAGUGGGCUGAAGAGGCACAUGGGCUAUCACAUUGGGAACCGCCCGUUUCUGUGUGCCCAGUGUGGAAAGACUUUUGUUUAUGAGUUUGACCUGAAGAAACACCAAAGGGACCAUGGCCCCAAGCCCAAGAUCCCAUGCCCUGUCUGCCAGAAGGUGUUUGGCAGCAACGGACUCAUUAAGGCCCACAUGUUUACGCACACCUCUGUAAAACCUUACAGAUGUGACAUAUGUGACAAGACCUUUAAACAGAGCAGCAGCUUGAGCAGUCACAAACGGCUGCACACGGGUGAACGCCCUUACCACUGCGACGUGUGUGGGAAGACAUACAAGCUGAAUCAGCACCUGAAGGAACACAUAAUUAUCCACCACACGGAUGAGGGGCACCCCUGUGACCAGUGUGGAAAGGUCUUCAAGUUACCACGUCUUCUAAAGGCGCAUGAGCGGUUGCACUCAGGAGAGCGAUCUGAGCAGACAAGAAAAUACAGUCACACCAGCCGUCGCAGGAGAAAUUCCUCCAAAAGGAGUUGAUUUUCUGCACAGUGGCUGCCCUCCACGCACACAAUAACUGGGAUGCUAGUUUUAUUGUUCUGACACAAGUUUAACUUUGUCACAAUGCCAUUAACUGUAAUCAUGUCCUCAUUUUUUGUUGUAAACUUGACAAUUUUGGACCAUAAUCCAGGAUUCCCUAGGCUGAACAUUGACAAAUGGUAGAAUUAAUUCAUGCAGAAACAAACAUAUAUCCUGUUAGAUAACAAUUAAUGAUUGUGUCAUUAAAACAUAUUUGUUUGUGAUGUUUUUGGGGGGAUAGGUUAUUGAAAUUCCAAUGACAUACGAUUUAAUACAAAUUGAUAGCUACUCACUUAUUUCUCUUUUUGAGAGUAGUCAAUGAUUGCCGGAUGCCUUUACUAAAAAAUAUGCACAACAUUUUAUGUUGGAUAAAGGCAAAUAAAGUCAAAAAUGUGUGCCACUAUUCACUUGUUUUGAUAUUUUAUUUUAAAACAUUCACAGCAAGGGAAACCAAAUGUAUGCCCGAAUGGUCCUGUGCGAUGACUUUUUAUAAUACAUUUAAAGUAUUCAUUAAGCCACAAAAUACAGAUUAAUACUCAUCCAAAUAUAUAUACAGAAAAAUUAUCAAAUUCAUGUUUUUACCUAAAAUGUAAUUUCAGGAAACCAGAGCAGACCCAUUCAAUUGCGGCUCUUAUUCCAGCACGAUAGGUGGCGGUAAUGAUGCUAUGCUGCCAAUCUUGUUAAUAUUCUGGUCAAAACCCUGUUCUGGUUCCGUUUCCUUCUGUCGUUAUUGCCAUUUUCACACAAGUGUCAGUGAGUUGGUGAUAGCUAUCUAGCAUGCUACGCUAGUUACCUUCACUGUUAGAUUUCUGCUUAGCGUACAUAUUUGUUAACAUUCCGGCAUGGACAAACGAGUCAAGAAGACUACAGCCAGUACGAGUAGGUUACAUUAUGACACUUGCUACCCAUGUAUUAGCAAUCUAACCAAUUUUACAAAUGUGAACCUGGCUACAGAGCCAAGUAACUGCAGUGCGGAGUGCUAGCUAGCUAGCUACAUUAUCUUCAAUGGAUAGCUUAUUGUAAAGCUAAUGUUCAUUUCGGCUUGCCUUCUAAAUUAAGUUUGCUAGCUAGUUAGCCAUGUUGCUGAAGGUAUUUGUUGCUAAAGGACCUAGAGGAUGAAGCCACACAACCUAACAUUUUGUUCUAUCGUCCUGCUAUAGGACCCCCACUUCCUCUCUCGUCUUUGCGACUAUUGGUUUCUCCCCUGCGGCUGAUGUAUUCAUUUGUGUGGCAUGUGGUGAAUCAACGCAAUGUGAUGCACUAUGGGAAGGUCGAGGAGUUUGUAACUGUGGUGACUGAAGCUGUUCCAAAGUUGAUGAGUUACAAACAGAGGGCUCAACUCAUCCUGGGCCUGAGAGCAAGGGUGAGUGACAUGAUGUGUGGUGAUGGGAGGGGUGGUUUUGACACAUUGUGUAUUAGAAAAAUCAUAUACAAUUUUGUCCCAUUAUUUUAGAUGAUCUUGGAGUUGUUCCGCAAGGACCCACCCAACCCUCAGGACAUCCAAUGUCUCCUGGAAAAGAUGAAUAUGUUGGGGGUAAGAAUAUUUAUCUCUCGUGUGGAAAUUCUUCCCCAUACCAACGAACAACUCACACCUGUAACACAUCAUAUUCAAGAAUGACUGUCAAUACCAUUAACCCAGAAAAACCAAGGCUGAGGGUAAAAUAUGCGCAGUAGUCUGAUUUGUAAAUAGCCUUUAGCUCUGCAGUGUACAGAUCUAAGGGGACUGGAUAGGUUUAAACGGCAUACAAGUGUUAACACCUUCCAGUGAGGUUGCGGGAGCUUUCUGCCAUAUGUCUUGCUUUGCUGUCACCCAUCUGAUUCCUUAGAUAUGCAAACUACAAACAUGGUUGUGGUAAGAGAUAAAAGUUGUUUUCAGCCUGGUCUUAUGACUUCUACAACCGUCACCCAUACACUCAAUACCCCUCUUUUUAGUAACAUGUAAUUCUGAUGACCGAAGUGGCUGUACUUUGUAUCAAAUUAUUCUCAAUCUGUGUUACAGCAGCAAGAUGCAGAAGUGGAGGAGUCGCAGGCUAACUUUGUGGCGCUGGUCCAAACCCUGCUGAAAAACCCUUAUGAGAGGAAGCACUUCUUCCAGGUUCGGCAGGCUUUCUCCAUUUCCUCUCACACUGUCCACUUUGUCAUGUCAUAGACACUGACUUUAACUUUUUCUUUCCUUCCCUGUAGGAGGAGUUCCAUACACAGUAUGGUUCCAAGUAUGACACAGCACUGCAGGCCCUUGUGGGAGGCUUGGUUCUCAGACUGGAACGACUGCUAUCUGUGCCAGAUCUCUCCCAGGUAAUGAACUUGUACACAACAAGUCUAUAACGAACAAUUCACCAAUCAUAUCUAAUGUUGACAUUGUUAGACAAUUAUAUAUAUGUGUCAACACAUUCCAUAGUAUUGUUUCUGCCACACGCUCUAAGAAACCCCCUUGUUGCUGAUCUUAGCUUCUAACUCUCCUUCUCAGAUAGCAUCCAUUAUCAGUGCUGCCCCCUCUGACCUGGAGGAGUGUGGACAGUCUGUGUCUGACCCUGAGCACCUGAAGAUCCUCCUCCAGCACCAGAACCUGCAAACUAAGAUUCAGUUUGGUAGGGUUACUUUAAUUAUGAUCUCUUCUCCAUGUUAAUGUUUAGUGGAAUUAUCACAUUGGAAUUAUCAACAGCUAAACAAAGAACAAUGUAGUUUUCCAUUUUUGAGUAACUGCCAUGGUUCUCUAUUGAUAACUUUGAACCAGCUGUAUUUACAGGAAUUUGAAUUAUUUUUAAGUGGUAUUAAUCUAAACAUCCCCAAUACUUGGCUUUCAAAUUCAACCAAUAAGAAUGUGGUUGAAUAUAAAAUACUCAUAGAUUUUUUUUUGUAUUUGUCCCUUUUUCUCAGUACCUGUCACGUCCUCUGUAGGGGACUGUGUGCUGUCCUCGCUGUCCUUCCGCUUAGCCUGUGGAAUGCAGUUCAUGCAGACAGAUUUUGUCGAGCCAGCAGAAUCAUUAGAAGCCGCUCUAAGCAUCAUGAGCCCUGCCUCCUUCAGUGACUUGGAGGAUCUGGGAAUAAUAUCAGAUGAGUCGGACAAUGCUGGAGCAGUAACUACUGUGGAGAGAGAAGAGCAGAAUGCCAGGGAUAACGGAGGUGGGGUGAAAAAUUCAGUGAUCGACAGUGAAGAACACAGUGCACUGCCAAAGAAUGACGUAGUCUCACCUACUCCUCAAAGUGUUAGCAGGCCAGUGGGAGGGGCACCAACAGUAGAGAGCAUGCUUCCAACAGAGAGACACAAAGAGCUUGUAACACUGAUGAAUACUUUCAUCACCGUAGCUUCUCCUUCACAUAGUGUCAUCCCUGCCACGGUCACCAAUGGGAACCAACCAGAUAACCAGCCGGUCGAGCUAGCGAGUGUCCACCAGUGGGUCUCCCAUAUUGCAAGUAACUCUAUCUCGCUCCCUUCCUUGCCACCCCUUCCACAAAACAAUGAUGUAGACAAGGAGAUCCGGUCAGGUGACACAUGUCUUGGAAGCAGUGUGGUAAUUGGGGGUCAGGAAACAGAAGCCAAUCUCUUUGAGAAGGCUGUUCUCCGAAGGAGACGGGCGCCCAAGCCACAAAGAAUAACGGUACCCUCGAAAAGGAAAAUCCCUGAGGCAACCAUCAUUUGCCAGGAGUGUGGGAAGAGUUUUGUCUAUCUGUCUCAGCUUGAAAAUCACCUCCGCAUUCACACAGGAGAGAAACCUUUUAAGUGCAUUGAGUGUGGCAGGGCCUUCAGGUCCUUAGGAUACAUGACCAAUCAUAUGAAAAAUCACUCUGAAGCACGGCCAUUUAAGUGUGAUGAGUGUGACAAGGGCUUUCGGAAAAAGGCUGACCUGAAGAAGCAUGAGCCCAUCCACAUGGGUGCGAAACCACACAAAUGCACCAUCUGCGGAAAGGGCUUCACCCAAGCAUUCUAUUGCAGAAUACACAUUGAGUCUCAUGCAAGUGAAAAUAACUUUCCCUGCACUCAUUGUCAGAAGAGAUUCCCAACCCAAUACAAGCUGUCUGUCCACGAGCGCUGGCACACCAUGGAGCGCCCGUUCAUCUGUGAGCAUUGUGGAAUGCGCUUCUUUCAUCCCAGUGGGCUGAAGAGGCACAUGGGCUAUCACAUUGGGAACCGCCCGUUUCUGUGUGCCCAGUGUGGAAGGACUUUUGUUUAUGAAUUUGACCUGAAGAAACACCAAAGGGACCAUGGCCCCAAGCCCAAGAUCCCAUGCCCUGUCUGCCAGAAGGUGUUUGGCAGCAACGGACUCAUUAAGGCCCACAUGUUUACGCACACCUCUGUAAAACCUUACAGAUGUGACAUAUGUGACAAGACCUUUAAACAGAGCAGCAGCUUGAGCAGUCACAAACGGCUGCACACGGGUGAACGCCCUUACCACUGCGACGUGUGUGGGAAGACAUACAAGCUGAAUCAGCACCUGAAGGAGCACAUAAUUAUCCACCACACGGAGGAGGGGCACCCCUGUGACCAGUGUGGAAAGGUCUUCAAGUUACCACGUCUUCUAAAGGCGCAUGAGCGGUUGCACUCAGGAGAGCGAUCUGAGCAGACAAGGAAAUACAGUCACACCAGCCGUCGCAGGAGACAUUCCUCCAAAAGGAGUUGAUUUUCUGCACAGUGGCUGCCCUCCACACUCACAAUGACUGGGAUACUCUUUUUUUUUUGUCCUGACAAAUUGCCAUUAGCUGUAAUCAUAUUCCUCAUUUUUAGUUGUAGACAUUAGAUUUUGGACCAUUUCGGACCAUAAUUCAGGAUUCCCUAAAUAGACUGAACACUGAAAAAUGGUAUAAUGUCUGGCUUAAUUAAUGCAGCAACAAACAUGUAUCCUGUUAGAUAACAAUUCAUGAUUGUGUCAUUAAAACAUAUCUGUUUGUGAUGCAUUUUUUGGGAUAGGUUAUUGAAAUUCCAAUGACAUAAGAUGUGGUUUGAUAGCUACUCAAUUAUUUAUAUUUUUGAGAGUAGUCAAUGAUUGCCGGAUGCCUUUACUAAAAAAUAUGCACAACAUAUAAAGGCAAAUAAAGUCAAAAUUGUGUGGCACUACUCACUUGUUUUGCUAUUUUAGUUGAAAACAUUCACAGCAAAGGAAACCAAAUGUAUUCUAAAAUGGUCCUGUGCGUUGACUUUUUAUAAUACAUUUUAAUUGUUAAUUAAGCCACAAAAGUUCAUUAAGCCACAAAAUAAAGUGUCAUACUCAUCCAAAUAUAUAUACAGAAAAAUGAUUAAAUUCAUUUUUUUACCUAAAAUGUAAUUUCAAGAAGAGAGAGUAGACCCAUUUAAUUGCGGCUCUUAUUCCAGCACGGUAGGUGGCGGUAAUGAUGUUAUGCUGCCUAUCUUGCUCUUAAUUGUCUGCUGUUCUGUUUUUGGUUCCGUUACCAUCUGUCGUUGUCGCCAUUUUUCGUCAUUGCAUGUUGAUGAUAACUAUCCAUCAUGCUACUAGUUACCUUUAAUGUUAGAUUUCUGCUUAGCAUACAUAUCUGGUAACAUUCCGGCAUGGACAAACGAGUCAAGAAGACUACAGCCAGUACGGGUAGGUUACAUUAUGACACUUGCUACCCAUGUAUUAGCAAUCUAACCAAUUUUACAAAUGUGAACCUGGCAACAGACCCAAGUCACUGCAGUGCAGAGCUAGCUAGCGACUUUAUCUUCAAUUGAUAGCUAAGUGUAAAGCUAAUGUCCAUUUCAUCUUGCCUUCUAAAUUAAGUUUGCUAGCUAGUUAGCCAUGUUGAUGGAGGUAUUUGUUGCUAAAGGACCUAUAGGAUGAAGCCACACAACCUAACAUUUUGUUCUAUCGUCCUGCUAUAGGACCCCCACUUCCUCUCUCGUCUUUGCGACUAUUGGUUUCUCCCCUGCGGCUGAUGUAUUCAUUUGUGUGGCAUGUGGUGAAUCAACGCAAUGUGAUGCACUAUGGGAAGGUCGCGGAGUUUGUAACUGUGGUGACUGAAGCUGUUCCAAAGUUGAUGAGUUACAAACAGAGGGCUCAACUCAUCCUGGGCUUGAGAGCAAGGGUGAGUGACAUGAUGUGUGGCCAUGGGAGGGGUGGUUUUGACACAGUGUAUUAGAAAAAUCGUAUACAAUUGUGUCCCAUUAUUUUAGAUGAUCUUGGAGUUGUUCCGCAAGGACCCACCCAACCCUCAGGACAUCCAACGUCUCCUGGAAAAUAUGAACAUUUUGGGGGUAAGAAUAUUUAUCUCCUGUGUGGCAGUGUGGAAAUUCCGCCCCAUACCGACACAAACUCACAACACACCUGUUCCACAACGUACUAAAGGAUUACUGUCAAUACCAUUUGCGGACGACUACUUAAAAGAGAGUAACAUUUGCACCCUAGUCUGAUUUGAAAAUAGCCUUUAGCUCUGUAGUGUACAGAUCUGAGGGGACUGGAUAAGUGCAAACGACAUUGGAUUCCUUACAUCUGCAAAGUGCAAACACAGAUGGGGUAAGAGAUAAAAGUUGUUUUCAGGCCUGGUCUUAUGACUUCUACAACCGUCACCCAUACACUCAAUACCCCUCUUUUUAGUAACAUGUAAUUCUGAUGACCGAAGUGGCUGUACUUUGUAUCAAAUUAUUCUCAAUCUGUGUUACAGCAGCAAGAUGCAGAAGUGGAGGAGUCGCAGGCUAACUUUGUGGCGCUGGUCCAAACCCUGCUGAAAAACCCUUAUGAGAGGAAGCACUUCUUCCAGGUUCGGCAGGCUUUCUCCAUUUCCUCUCACACUGUCCACUUUGUCAUGUCAUAGACACUGACUUUAACUUUUUCUUUCCUUCCCUGUAGGAGGAGUUCCAUACACAGUAUGGUUCCAAGUAUGACACAGCACUGCAGGCCCUUGUGGGAGGCUUGGUUCUCAGACUGGAACGACUGCUAUCUGUGCCAGAUCUCUCCCAGGUAAUGAACUUGUACACAACAAGUCUAUAACGAACAAUUCACCAAUCAUAUCUAAUGUUGACAUUGUUAGACAAUUAUAUAUGUGUCAACACAUUCCAUAGUAUUGUUUCUGCCACACCCUCUAAGAAACCCCCUUGUUGCUGAUCUUAGCUUCUAACUCUCCUUCUCAGAUAGCAUCCAUUAUCAGUGCUGCCCCCUCUGACCUGGAGGAGUGUGGACAGUCUGUGUCUGACCCUGAGCACCUGAAGAUCCUCCUCCAGCACCAGAACCUGCAAAAUAAGAUUCAGUUUGGUAGGGUUACUUUAAUUAUGAUCUCUUAUCCUCCCUGUUAAUGUUAAGUAGAAUUAUCAUCAGCUAAACAAAGAACAAUGUAGUUUUCCCCAAACUGUCAUGGUUCACUCUAUUGAUAACUUUGAACCAGCUGUAUUUACAGGAACGUAAAAUAGUUUUUCAAUGGUAUUAAUGUAAACAUGCUCAUUCCUCGGCUUUCACAUUCAACCAAUCAGAAUGUCAUUUUUCUAUAUUUGUCCCUUUUUUUCAGUACCUGUCACUUCCUCUGUGGGUGACUGUGUGCUGUCUUCGCUGUCCUUCCGCCUCGCCUGUGGAAUGCCAUCAAUGGAGCCAGAUUUUGACAAGCCACCAGAAUCAUUAGAAGCCGCUCUAAGCAUCAUGAACCCUGCCUCAUUCAGUGACUUGGAGGAUCUGGGAAUGAUGUCAGAUGACUCACCCCAUGCUGGAGAAGAUAGUACUGUGGAGAGAGAAGAGGAUGCCAGGGGUAACGGAGGUGGGGCGAGAACUGCAGUGCGUGACAGUGAAGAAGAGAAUGCACUGCCAGAGAGCGCUGUGGUCUUCUCUAGUCCUCAAGGUGUUAGCGGACUGGUGGGAGGGACACCAUCAAAAGGUGCACCAACAGUAAGGAGUAUGCUGCAAACAAUGAGACAGCAACAGCUUGUAUCACUGAUGGAUACUUCCAUCACCGAAGACUCUCCUUCACAGAUAGUCAUCCCUGCCACUGAUAACCAGCCGGUCGAGCUAACGAGUGUCGACCAGUGGGUCUCCCAAAUUGCAAGUUACACUUUAUCGCUCCAUUCCUUGCCACCCCUUCCACAAAAUGAUAAUUUGGACAAGGAGAUGGAGUCGGCCGACACAGGUCUUGGAAGCAGUGUGGUGAUCGGGGGUCAGGAAACAGAGGUCGAUCUCUUUGAGAGGUCCAUAAUCCAAAGGAAGAGGGUGCAAAAGCCACUACGAGUAGCGUGCUCGAAAAAGAGAAACCCUGCAACCAACUCCUGCCAAGAGUGCGGGAAGCGUUUUCUGUCUCGGGGACGGCUGGAGGAUCACCUCCGCAUACACACCGGAGAGAAACCUUUCAAGUGCACUGAUUGUAACAGGUUCUUCCGGACAUUGGCACUCCUGACCAACCAUAUGAAAAUUCACUCUGACGUGCGGCCCUUUAGCUGCGACGAGUGCGGCAAGUGCUUUCGAAGAAAGGUUGGCCUUCAGAAUCACCAUCGCGUCCACACGGAUGUGAGACCAUACAAAUGCACCAUCUGUGGAAAGGGUUUCACCCAAUCACAGUACUGCAAAAGACACAUGGAUUGUCAUACAAGUGAGAAUACCUAUUUCUGCACUCAUUGUCCAAAGAGUUUUCCCAACCCAAUUCCAGCUGUCCGCCCACCAGCGCUGGCACACCAUGGACCGCCCGUACGCCUGUGAGCAGUGUGGGUUGCGCUUCUUUAUGCCAAGCUUGUUAAAGAGACACAUGGGCUAUCACAUCGGGAACCGCCAGUUCCUCUGUGCCCAGUGCGGAAGAACCUUUGUCUAUGAGUUCGACCUAAAGAGACACCAAAAAGACCAUGACCCCAGUCCCAAACUCCCCUGCCCCGUCUGCCAGAAGACGUUUGGCAACAACAGCCUACUCCAGGCCCACAUACGCAGGCACUCUUCAGAGAAACCUUAUAGAUGUGACAUAUGCGACAAGACCUUUAAAGACAGCGGGGGCCUGCGCAUACACAAGCGGGGGCUGCACUCGAACGAACGCCCUUACAGCUGCGAUGAGUGUGGCAAGACUUACAAACUACACACGCACCUGAGGGAGCACAAGUUUAAACACACGGGCGAGGGCCACACCUGUGGCCAGUGUGGAAAAGCCUUCAGGUACCUGCGUCUCCUGAAGGCGCACGAGCGGUUGCACUCCGAGCCAUCUGAGCUCACACGGAGAAACAGUCACACCAGCCGUCGAAGGAGACAUUCUUCCAAAAGGAGUUGA